GCAUCCCGGAGCCGGAGUGGCAGUGAGCUCGUCGCAAGCUCGUCAUGGAAAGCGUGCGCUCCGCUUCGGUGCUGGAAAACGGCCACCCGGCCGCUCCGCCGGCAGCAGCAGCAGCAGCAGCGGCGGCGGCGGCGGAGGUUUCCCCCCCGUGCUCCUCCUGCGCCUCCAACCUCUGGAUCCGCCUGAGGGAGAAACUCUGUACGUGGCAUAUUGUGAAAACACUUCUCCUGGGUCAAAUACUCUCCUUGCUGAUAUGCGGGACUGCGGUCACAAGCCAGUUUCUUGCCGACAAAUACAGCAUCAACACUCCAAUGCUGCAGAGUUUCAUAAACUAUUGUUUGCUUUUCCUAGUGUACACAACAACUCUUGCAUUUAGGAAAGAUGGUGAUGGACUCUUGCAGAUCCUAAAGAAGAAAUGGUGGAAGUACAUUUUGCUUGGAUUGGCUGAUGUUGAAGCUAACUACACCAUUGUAAAAGCCUAUCAAUAUACAACGAUAACAAGUGUCCAGCUCCUGGACUGUUUUGGGAUUCCUGUGCUGAUGGCUUUAUCAUGGUUCAUCCUCCGUGCAAGAUACAAAUUAAUCCAUUUCAUUGCUGUUGCUGUUUGUCUGUUGGGCGUAGGGACCAUGGUCGGUGCGGAUAUAUUAGCUGGAAGGCAAGAUGGUGAAGGAAGUGACGUGAUGGUUGGAGAUGUCUUAGUCCUCCUUGGCGCUUCAUUAUAUGCCAUUUCGAAUGUGAGUGAGGAAUACAUUGUGAAAAAUCUGAGCAGAAUGGAGUUUCUAGGAAUGGUGGGCUUGAUUGGGACUGUUAUCAGCGGUCUGCAGCUAGCUAUUGUGGAACAUAGAGACAUAGCUAACAUUCAGUGGAAUUGGAAAAUUGCCCUGCUCUUCGUGGCUUUUGCCUUGUGCAUGUUUGGACUGUACAGCUUCAUGCCGAUUGUGAUUAGAGUGACCAGUGCCACCUCUGUCAAUUUGGGCAUCCUGACAGCUGAUCUCUACAGUCUUUUCUUUGGACUUUUUCUGUUUGGCUACAAGUUUUCCGUGCUGUAUCUCUUAUCCUUUGUGGUCAUCAUGAUAGGCUUCAUCAUGUAUUGCUCCACCCCAACCCGUACUGCAGAAGUCCCUUCAACCACCUUGCCAAUGGCAGAUAGUACUGGAUUUGACAACCUUGCUUUAAAAAUUGAGGAGAACCACCUGGAAUCCACUGACACUCUGACAACGCAGAGCAACAAAGACGACAGCCAGGCAGAAGACACAACUACAAAAUUAACAGCCUUGUGAAAUAUGAAAUUUCAGCUGCUGGAGUUGCUCUGGAGAAAUCAGAAAGCACCAGAUGGCACUAUGUUAUGGUGGACAAACUGGAGAAAUAUCAAUGAUGGAAUCUGUGUUCAUGACAAAGUCUAGAAACAUAUCACCAAAACAAGGAGGGCUAGAUCCUUACUUGGAACACCAGUAUUAAUUCUUGUUCACUGAAGAUUAUUCUUAGAGUUGACAGGUGAAUAGAAAAGUAGAGACUAGACUGUCUUUCUAUCAAAGAAAGCCAGAUUACACUCGGAAUAAACAUUUUGAGUAAUUUCUUGUGUUCUCAAACUUAUACAUGGUCAAUGAGGUUAGCGAAAAGAAAUGGAAAGAUGGGAAACAAGAAAGAAAAACACAAAACAUAAAAUCAGAUGGCAGCUAAGGUCAGAGAGGCUGGGAACAGAGAUCAAGGUUAGUGAAGCAUCCUUACUUCCCAGACUGCUAAACCAUGAGGAUGAGAAAUCUUGCGUUUUCGAAGUGUGAAUCCUGUAAUAGACACUGAUCUUUAUCCAGUUAACAUGCAGAGACAAUGUAUAUUGUUCACGUUAAUUUAAUCGCAAUACAAUUCUUGAAGACUACUUAUACGUAGGUUCAGUUGCAUUGACUGCUGAUGCUAAUAAAUGAAGAAAAAGCAUGACUAAUUUUAUGACUUGAAAAGAUGCAUCGAACCCUUAUUCCAGCUGUGUGUACGUGUGAGUAUGUACACACACACACUUGAAUUGUACCUGUUCUCUUGGCAUAAUGUGCAGCAACCAAACAAGAUAUUUUAUUUUUUUGCAGGAGAUAAUCUAUGUGUAGAUCAAUUUCUUUGACAAUCUAAAAAUACUGUUAACAACAAGUGGUUUUCCAAUUAGUAUGAAUGCAUAUGUAUAUAUAAACAGAAGGGAGAUAUUUGUUACCUUGCUAAAGUAUAGUUGGUGAACUAUACCUCCCAGCAUCUCUCACCUUUGACCACACUGGUUGGAGUUGCUGACAGUUGUAGUUCAGAAACUUCUGGAAUGCCAUACGUUCUCCCACUCCUGAUAUAAGCAGAAGAAUAUGGGAACUGUGGUCACCGUUCCAAAUUUACCUCACCAGCAUCUCCAAGAAGAUAAUUUGAAUGCUCUUGGUAAAGUAGUAUAUUCUACUUCACUUGAAAAGUGUGAUAAGAAACAUACCUGAUUUUUUUAUGGCAUUUAAAAAAUAAUGUGGUGACACUUAAAAGAAUUAUUGUCCCACCUCUGGGAAAAGAAGACAAGGAGUCAGGUCUUAUUUCAAAGUGGCUUGGAGGAAAAACACAAGGACUAGGUUCUCUUAUUGUCCCCUGUGCAUUUUUGUCUUUUUGGAACACAAGCUACUUGAACAAUUCUAGGCAACUGUUCAGAGCGGAUCUUGGUACUUCUUAAAGAUAAAGUUUCCCCUGUCCAGUCAUGUCCGACUCUUGGGGAUGGUGCUCAUCUCCGUUUCUUAGUCAAGGAAACCAACAUUGCCUAAAGACCAUUUCCAUGGUCAUGUGACCAGUAUCACUAUAGCCAAGGAAUACAGAGCGCUUUUUCCUCCCCACCGAACUGGUACCUAUUUCUCUACUCAUAUUUGCAUGCUUUUGAACUGCUAGCAGGAGCUGGAGCAAGAACGGGAGCUCACCCCGUUGCAUGGCACUUGGGUCUUGAACACAGACUGUCAGCUUUCUAGCUAUAAGUGCAGUGUCUUUAACCACUGAGCAUUCAUACCCCUUGAUACUUCUUUGCCUUAUUUAUUUCACAUCUACCGUAUAUAGCCUUGUGGGAAAAGUAGAUAGCUGGAGCUUUCUACUACCACAUUGGGGUGGUAAGACCCAUCUUACCUUUUACGGAAGACAGGAUGAACUUAAGGAACUCUAGGAUCAUAUGGGAACAAUAUAGCAAUAGCAAUAGCACUUAGACUUACCCUGUUUCCCCCCAAAAUAAGACAUCCCCUGAAAAUAAACCCAAUCUGGCUUUUGACUGCAUGGCAAUAAGGCCGAGCGCUUAUAUCAGGGUUCAAAAAAAUAUAAGACAGGGUCUUAUUUUGGGGGAAACAUGGUAUACACCACUUCACAAUGCUUUGCAGCUCUCUCUAAGCGGUUUACAGUGUCAGCAUAUUGCCCCCAACAAUCUGGGUCCUCAUUUUACCCACCUCGGAAGGAUGGAAGGCUGAGUCAACCUUGAACCUGAUGAGAUUUGAACUGCCAAAUUGCAGGCUGCCGGCAGUCAGCUGGCAGUACUGCACUCUAACUACUGCACCACCAAGGGUCAUAAUAUGCUGCUUUUGAUUUUUUUUUUUUUUCUAGUUAAAGAUUUAUGUUACUGGCUCAAUUUAAAGUUACACUUUAUCAAAUACAGUCAUUCUGCCCAUGAAUAAAUAGCAAAAUUAUUUGAGGCUUUUUAUCAUCCAUUUACAAAGGAAAUGAAAUGUAUAACUUAGUUUUACUUAAUAGCCACCCAAUAAAACAUUAUUCUGAGUUUUCA